CAAAGUUCCAAAUGUUCCAAUACUUCCAAUAUCUACUCCGUCCACUUUCAAGCUUCUGUUCCCAACGACCCAACCUUUCUCCCCGGCGAGAUACAGCGACGUUGUCGGAGAAUUACUGAUAGAAAGUAAAAAAAAAUAAACAAAAAAAAUGUCAAUGAACAUAGAAGGCGCCUAAGUGCUCCGUGAUGCAUAAUCCUUCUCUUUCUCUCUCACAUGUGUACGCGUGAUAGCUGCGCGUGUGAAGAUACACAAGUACUUGCACUGUCAUCGAUAUUUAUUCCUCGCUCCGGCCGGUUAACGGAAUGUUAAGCGUUAUUUAGAACGGCGGGACGAAAAUCUUUCUGAGCGCGUUCGACGGCUGGAUACGAGCAUCAGGAUGAGCGAGAAGCAUCUGAGCGCCGGAUCGGUACCACCGCCCCUCGUAUCCGGCAAAAUACGCCUGUACAGCAUGCGCUUCUGCCCGUACGCGCAAAGAAUUCACCUGGUGCUGGACGCCAAGCAAAUUCCAUACGAUGUAGUAAAUGUGAAUCUAACGACCAAGCCGGACUGGUUGAUAGAAAAGAGCCCGCUUAAUAAAGUUCCCUGUAUCGAACUGGAAGAUGGAGAAACCCUGUAUGAGAGCCUAAUUAUCGCCGAUUAUCUGGACGACGCGUACACUCAAAACAAACUAUAUCCAAGUAAUCCUUUAGCAAAGGCUAAAGAUAAGUUACUGAUCGAUAGAUUUAAUACAGUGAUAACGACUAUGUAUAAGGGACUCUACUCAGAAGCGGCAUUGGCACAGGAAAUAUUCAACGAGGCGUUAGCUGGCCUGGAACUCUUUGACCGGGAGUUGGCGAAGAGAGGAACUCCCUUUUUCGGAGGCAGCAAACCCGGCAUGCUGGACCUGAUGAUAUGGCCGUGGUGUGAAAGAGCGGACUCAAUGAGAAUUAUAAAGGGGGAGCAGUUUGCCAUACCUCGAGAUCGUUUCUUACGACUGCUCGAAUGGAGAGUCGCCAUGAAAGAAGAUCCUGCGGUGAGCGGCAGCUUCCUGGAAGCCGAAGUGCACGCCAAGUACAUGCGUAGUCGUCUAGCUGGGACACCUCAGUACGAUUUAAUAGCUAACAGCUAAAGAUAAUCCAGCCUAUUGCCCAUUCCGUCUUACGAUGUCUUGAGUUCAAACGAUACGCCACUUCGUACGUUGUCAUUUCAGCACACCACAUAUAGUAAAUUACAUCCAUAUACUUAAAUAUAUAUACAUGAUAUACAUAUACAUAUAUAUUUUAAAAAAUAAAAUUGAUGUUUGUGUAAUAUAUAUGUAUACCUGAAACAGAUACUAACUAGUUUAUAACAAAGAGCAUUUAUCUUAAUUGUUAUGUUGGUUAACAUGUGAAAAUAAAAAUUUCUUUUGCUACUAAAAAUUA